AUGAGUUUCAACACUGCUUAUCAAUUUCUUACUAGAAUUAUGGUACAUAGAUAUAUGUUAAUUCCUGAAAUGAUUGUAUUAUUAGGUUUAAAUUUAUUAAUUUUAGUAAUUGGAGUUGAAAAACUUGAGUUAAAAUUUCAUAUUGGAAGUAAAUGGUUAGUAGCUACCCCAAUGAUUUUAACUUAUUUAAUAGUGCAUUUGAUGAUGUCAAUAGCAAUCAGAAUAUCAGUGGUUAGGUUUAUAUCCACAUACAUUGGUUUAGUAUGUUUAUGCAUUGGUAUACUCGAGUUAGGUACUGGAUUUGCAAUAAACACAACUAUAAUUCCAG